AUGAUAAUGGGCCUCAAAGGGGCAGCCUCUGAUUAUGCUUGUGUGUGGUGCAAGAUUCACAAGAUCCAAAGGUGGGACAUGACCAAAGACCUGGACUUUUACAACUCCGGGGAAUUAAAGAGGACCUCACAGGAAAUCAGAUAUUUUCAUGGUUCCAAAAAGUUUUGCUGCAUCCAUCCCCCCCUGUUUAACAUUGAACUUGACCAUGUUGUUCUGGAUGAACUUUAUUUAAUGAUGAGGAUCACUGACAGACUUACUGAGAACAUAAUCACUGAAGUCAUGGAAAGGGACAGCAAAGCUGAUUUCUUGAAAAAAAGAGGAGAGGACAAAGGAAUUUACUUCAAACGAUUGAUCAGUGUAAUAAAUGACCUAGGAAUAACCUUUUUAGUGUGGGAAAAAACUAAUGCAGAUGGCAAAGGAAGUUGUUUGUAUGAUUGGACCAGCAUAAUGGGUUCAGACAAAAAGAAACUCUGUCAUCUGCUUCCUUCCCAGCUGGAGUCAAGAGAUAUCCUUUAG